AAGGAGGCGGGCUGUCUGAGUGUCGGGCGAGGGCGGCAGUAGGAAAGAUGAUGCUGACGUGACGGGGUGUGGCUCCUGUAUCUUGUCUCCGCUGACCGAGUGAUUCCUUUUCUUUUCUUAGUCGUGCUGCAGAUAACUGGAAUUGCAUUAGUGGGUCUGCGUGGUCUGAACCUGACAAAUUAUCAAGAUCAAGAAAAUUUCAGUUAUCCGUUUAAUUUUCGACAGGUUUUGACAUUCACAUCUGUGCGUUGUUUACUUCUUAGUCUUAAUCUGUCACGGUUAAUUAAGAAAGCUAAGUAAUUCGAUGGAGGUGAACGUCUUUAUUGUGUUUAUUUGUUUUUCUUAAUUCCAAGUGCUGUCCGUAGCAGAACACUAAUGCUUUCUAUGUUGUCUUCUUUAUAUCAUACUCAUUAUUGUUGCGAAGAUGUCACACAGCCAGAUUAUUAUAUUACGAUCACAAAUAUAACAUACACGACCAACACCAUCACCAUUAACCUCGCCCACAAGCUUCAUUACCACCUCCUACACUUUUUGCGCUCUCAGCACCACCACCGCCGUCGUCGUCGCGGCCGCCGCCGCCGCCGCCGCCGCCGCCACCGCCUCCACCAACGGAUCACAUAUUACUGGAAAACAAUCAUCAGUAAUUUCUGGCUGGAUUCCCGCUCACGAUAAUUCCCAUCCGUGGAAACUCUCGCUUCUGAAAGAAGCUGCCAAAACGGUAUCCCUCGCUGAUCACCAUGAAUCGAAUGAGGACUUAAGUUUUUUCCCCUUUGUCCGGCGGUCCUUCGGAGCAGCACCGAUAGGAGAUUCUUUGUUUUGCCUUAGUAGUGCAGCAUCAGCAGCACCAGCGGCAGCAUCACGUCAUCACCCACGUCAUCCCAGCAGCAGGCCAGCAGCAGCGCCCAGCAGCCUCCCGCCUUCUCAGUCGUGGCUCAGAGCUUGCGUGGCCUGGUUGCCUCAGUGGGUCCUCUCCCGGCUCCUCUUUGCCAGUCGCUCCCCGCUGCCCUCCGCUCCGCCUCGUUCCUCCUCCUCUUCCAUUUCUUUCCUGUCUGUGACCCUUUGCCUCCUCGGAGCAGUGGGUGCCCACGGUGUUCAUGUCUUCUCCGGAUUGUUUCGUGGCUGCUGUCUGUGGCCAGUUGUUGGAGUAAGCGACUGAGAGAAGUUAGUUUGUGUGUAAAGGAUGGUGAUGAGUUUGAGCUCGUAGCGUCAAUGCCUCGCCGACACUGACUGCAGGCAUCUGAGAAACUAUGAUUGCCUAACAUUAUCUCGUGGCCUCUGGAGGACGAGGACGCGCGUGAUGGAUCUGCUCGAGGACUUCUCCAGCGGCGGCGGCGGCGGCGGCGGCGGCGGCAGCGGCGACAUGAAGAACUUUUCGUCUCUCUUCUUGGACGUGAACUCAUCCUACUUUCUUUUCCCGUACAACUCGAAUGGAUCUUUGUACCAGCUGGACUAUGACUACGCCGCGGAGGGACACAACGCCUCCCUGCAACACUUCCCGGCCCUCAGGGAGUUUGCCAAUGCCACCUCGCCUUCCGACACUUCCUCCUUCGCCUCCAACGCCUCGCUUCUCGCCACCUCCUCCAACUACGCCCCGUACGAGCGCUUCAUGGACGAGUCACGCCACUGGGUGCAGAAGGUGCUGGUGCCGCUGGUGAUGUGUGUGGGGGUGGUGGGUAAUAGCGUGUCCAUGGUGGUGCUGACGAGGCGCAAGAUGAGGUCCUCCACCAACAACUACCUGACGGCGCUGGCCAUCUCUGACCUGUUGUACCUGGUGUUCGUGUUCUCGCUCUCCCUGCAGCACCACCCGAAUAUCAAGCACCCCAGGCACUGGUUCUACUGGCAGUACUUCCGCUACGCCCUCUGGCUCACCGACGCCUCAAGCAGCACCUCCAUCUGGCUCACCGUGACUUUCACCAUUGAGCGGUACAUUGCCAUCUCGCACCCAAUCAAAGGCAAGAUGCUAUGUACCGUGUCCCGCGCCAAGAAGGUUGUGGCAGUAGUGUACUUCCUGUGCUUCGCCCUUACCGCCACCACGCCGCACGAGUGGGUGGUGGUGACGCGGCACGAGACGGACACCAAGGAGCCUUACCUCAGCCUCGACUACAGCAGCCUUGGCCAGGACUCCACCUACCGCCACACCUACUACUGGUUCACGGCCGUCACCUUCAUCCUCCUGCCGCUUUGUCUCCUCGCCGUGUUUAACUUCUUUCUCAUCCAGGCUGUCAGAAUGAGUAAGCUGACGCGGCGCAAGAUGACUCUGGUGUCUGAGCGGGACCACUACAGCCACCAGCAGGAGCAUAAGAUCACUGUCAUGCUCAUUGCGGUGGUCAUUCUUGCCCUCGUCUGCCAAAUGCCCACCGCCGUCCUUCUUCUGUACAGCACUGUUUGCGAACCGCUGCCGAGGACCAAGGAGUUUGCUGUCAUGCGGGGCCUUGGCAACAUCUUCAACCUUCUCAACGCUAUCAAUGCUGCAGCCAAUUUUAUCCUCUACUGCUCCUUCUCCGACAAGUACCGCAAGACCUUCCUGGUGACCUUCGUGCCGUGCAUGUACCACCAGCAGCCGCUCGCCCAUUCCUUCGUCGCCUCCGUCAACGACACCACGGUGGGAAACACGCGGAUCGGACGCAGCUCGGACUCCUACUCGGUGCGUUCCGUGUCUCGUCGGGUGUCCAAGGCCUCCUCCACGCCCUCGCCUAUGCCCCCGCGCGACGCCCCCAACCGCACGGCCCGAGGCUCCUUCAGGGGGGAGAACGGCGUAGGCUCCCUGGACACCAGAGUCACCCUGCAAUAUGGGUUCGGCCGCCCCUCGCACCUGCUCAGCCCGCCUGACCCACACGCCCACCACAACAGCUCCCACACACUGGACCUCGACAACGCCCACUACUCCCCUGUGGCCCGCAGCAAACACAACCCCCGUGGCAGCAGAUACGGGGGGAAGUGGAGUCCUGAGGGAGGCUCGCCUGCCACUCCCAAUCACUGCCAGGGCCCCGUGGAGGUGACAAAGGUGGACCUGGAGAUGAGGCCACGAGCAGCAGAGGGCUUGGGCAGACUGCUAGCGGGGACUGACGAGGCUGGGACUGGCGGGCGUGCUGAUCGCGCCUCCCUCAGCAGCGGCGAGAACAGUCCCCUGGAGCUGCGGUUCAUAGACGAGGAGAGCUGUGACACCUGCCGUUCCUCCCCGACCUCCAACACCCGCCUGGAGGAGGAGGGCGAGGGCGUGUCCGAGGGGAGGCUGGCGACCCGGGACACUCUCUCCUCCCUCGCGCCGCUCACCCCAGACGCCGCCCAGGACUCCGAUAUCCACUCCCCAGACUGAGCGGCGCUGGGGAUACACUGCACGUCCCUCCCCCGCUGACCGAGGCGGGGCGCUAUCAUAUCCAUAGUGUUUAUUUUAAGUUCGUCAUUCUCAAGCGGCAAGACAAUCACACCGCCCACGCCAGCCACGCGACACACACACACACACACACACACACACACACACACACACACACACAACUAAUACUAAACAGCCGGCCACUGUAAAAACUCCACAUUUGCAAGUACCAGCAAGUAAAAGGAGACGAUACACAACUCGAGGUGAUCUUUUCUAUACUAUUUGAUGUUUUCUGGCGUCUAUUCUUGCCAUGAAACUAAUUAUAUACGUCCAUGUUCCUGGAUCCUUCCUCUCCUCUUGUAACAGUGUGCAUUUAGGCGGGACUCCCCUUUUACUUGUAUGUUUUCCAUAUUCCGUUUUCUUUAGUAGCUCUCCUUCAAUAUUGUAGCAAUUAAUCUUUUUUUACGUACAAAAUACUUUAUCCCAUGCCUUACUUUAGCAUUUAAGUAAUAUUUUCUUUUAUAUUUCAACACCAUUAUGUUUAAUAUGUGUACUUUACAGUGAAAUAAAAACAACAUUUAAUGCCGGCGCAGUCUUGGUUGCGCGUUGGAGUCCUCGGCGGGUGUUCGGUGUUGUGCAGGGAAGCUAUAGACUCGAGACUCCUCAGUGUUGUGGCUAGAUCUGUGGUCGUAGUUUCCGUUUAGAUUCCGUAUAGUCUAGUCCAGGAACCUCAUCUUUAUAGUGUAGACGGACAGUAGCGAGACAUGUGCGGUGUUAGCAUCUGUGUGGCGUAGGUGAGGGAGUGAAGCCUAGCCAUGUCCUGGUUGUGUGUGUGUCUUUGUGUGUACGGAGGAGGACGGAUGGCAGCCCCGAGUCAUCCCGCGUCUGAAGUAAGUACCAUUUUAUCUGUGGACUUGUUUUGUAUUGAUAUUCUUAGCUGGAGAAGACUGGACAAGAUAGGAAAUGAUGAUACUGGUUAGAUUUAUCCGGCGAGGGUAACUGAAUGAUUUAAGGGAGAAGUAAGAGGUUAAAAUUAGCCGAUUUCCUCCUUGAUGAUUGCCUGGAGGUGGGGGUGUGAUUGGGUGAUGGUUUGGUAGUUACAGGGUAGACUUGAACACUGGGUAAUUAGGAGGAGGAAAAGGCGGCGAACAAAGAAUACGAUCAACAAGAGGCGUUUGAGAAUGUAAUGGAGGUAAAUUUGAUGAUGUAAUGGGGUAAAGUGAGGAGUUAGAGUUGAUAUUGUGUAGUGAUGGUUCCGAAGUUGAAGGGAGUACGUAAACACUGGUUGGGUAAUUAGGAGGGAGGAGGAGGAUAGGGACAUGAUCGAAGAGUAAUGUGAGGAAUAACCGAUCCAAUGUGAGAACGUAAUUAGUGAGGUGAAAUGAGCAAUCUGAAUGGUAAUGUAGGGAAAGUGAUUAGGUUCAGAUUGACAAUACGUAACGGUAAUCACAAAGCGCCAUCUUUAUCUGGCCGGUGUUGUAACUGGUAUUGAUGGAUGCCUCUGGUGAUGGCGGGAGGUGUCGGGGUGUUGGUGGGGAAGGGUUGCUUCAGCUCCACCUCGCCGUCCUCGCAGCAGGCACGGCAGGUGGAGGCAGGGGAGCGGUACUGCGGAGGAGUCGUGUGCUCUCAUGUCACUGAAACCAUGUAAAUUUGAGCUCCUUUUGGUUCUCAGUAUAGGUAUUUGGUCUUCCCCUGUGGAAAUUACUCUGCUGUGCUCUUAUUUCCGAUCUUUUGAGUCAGUCCAUGCCGAGCCCCGCUCCUAUACUGCUUCCCUCCUCCCUGUCUCCCGGCCUCCCCCCAGUCAUUGCUAUGCAGAGCGUUAACAGGCGCCAUUGAUGUUUGGAAGUUAACCUCUUUAGCUACACACCAUCAGUUUUAUUCUAUUCUGGUUGUCAAUUGAGGAUUUUAAUAAGUUUAUCAUAUUUUUGUAAGGGGUCAAGAAUUAUCGUUAGUUACUCGCCCACAAUAUUUUAACGAGUGGUGACUGCAUGGAGUUCGCAAAAUGACAAUAACAGUGAAUGGGUUAAAGUAUCGUUGUGAUGUACGAGUACGUACAAGGAUCGCUGAUGACGCUGAACAUUCAAUCUGUACUGUAUUUAUUUAGUCAGUGAUUAACCUGUGUAGAUUUUGUCUGUUCGUCAUGAGGUGUGUGUGUGUGUGUGUGUGUGUGACUUAAGACAACUGACAAGCUGGUGGGCGAUGCAUUCCUUCCAUACAAACACAAACACGAAGCCUGCGCGCUCAGACACCACCAGGGCACAAAGGCCGCGAGUGUCUGGCGGGCAGACGGAUAGUUCGUAUUUUUAUAUAGGUUACUUCUAAAGGGAUACAAAAUCACUUUCGAAUCCCCGGCACUGAAACAUGGAAAACUCGUCAUGUGAAAACUCGGAGCAUCAUCGUAUUAAAAAAUUAGUCAUCACCGUAUCGCAUUGUUGCUUCACAUGUUUCGAGCGACAAUCCCGAGUGAAGCAGUGAAUCAUUUAUCGUGAAACAGACACUUUACUAUUCACUUGAUAAUUAUUGCUAAACCUACUCUUGCUGGGGGCUAAGAAAAGCUGCCAGGUUACUAAUGAUUGAUUGAUAGGCAAACUGAUUAAUUCUAAAAACCCGCGAGUCAUCGUUCAUGCCGUUCAUAUCGUUCUAUUACUCAGCAGUGAACGUGAGUGAGAUUUCGUGACUUUUAGUGAGUUCUCGUUCCCCGCUUCGAGACCCGAGCUUCACUCAUUAGUCUCUCGAUUAUCAUGAGUUUUAUAAGGGCGUGAGCUGUAAUGAGAGAAAGAGAGAGAGAGAGAGAGAGAGAGAGAGAGAGAGAGAUGGGGCUGGACAAUGUUUGAUACGCAAGAAUGAACGUGAACAUGCUGCGUGUUAAUCGAGUUUACAAGGCCACGUAUGAGAGAGAGAGAGAGAGAGAGAGACCUAUUCAUUCAGGGUGCGGCAGGUAGGGUGCGGGUGAGGCAGAGUGAAGCAGGGACGGCGGGACGGCUUCCUUUUCAGGGUGUAAUAUAAUAUACUACUACCAGCUUUAUCACGAUGUAUAAACCCCAGAGCAUAUCUCCUUAUGUAUCUGUGUACAUAUACAUGGCUGUGUGUGUGUGUGUGUGUGUGUGUGUGUGUGUGUGUGUGUGUCGUCGUUCGCUCAUGGGGGUCAGGCGGAGACGAAGUACGUACGUUAUGUGUGUGUGUGUGUGUGUGUGUGUGUGUGCUCCUAUGUAUACUAAUGUUCAUAAUACGCAUAAUAUUUACACAGUUAACCCACACGCGUAUGUCUGUCUGUCUGUAUAUGUGCAACACGAGGACCCUGUUGACCGACAUGUGUGCGCAUAUACUACCUUCUGUGAUGUAGCGCCGUGUACAUAGAUAGUCCGUGUAUGAAUGUAUGUUGAUGUGUGUAUAUAUAUAUAUAUACAUAUAUAUAUUACAUAAGACGGACAAUAAUAUGUGUAUAUCAUUGAUAUUAUUUGUGCAGUAUUUCUUUUUCUUUUUUAGGCAGCGCUCGGAAAAAAAUGAGAUUCACGGAAGUUAGGUUGAUACUUGGACCACACACACACACACACACACACACACACACACACACACACACACCGUACCGGAGCCCAAUUCGGUUUCCGUAUUGAAAAUCAUUCUUGUUAAUGACUUACUUUUUUUCUUUAAUUAUGAAGUGUCGAUUUAGUGUAUUUUCCCUCUCUUCCCCCCAGUUUUUGUCAUAAUCCGGCCUCCAUCACACGUAAACACACACACACACACACACACACACACACACACACACACACACACACACACAGAUCCCAAAUCACGAGUAUGAACAUCAACAAUCAACUGGUGGAUCUUGGCAUUAAUUUUAACCAUACGUUGAUUCUCCUUCCGUACACAGUGACCACCAAACAAACGGAAGGAGGGUGAAGCGGCGGAGAAGGAGAGAGAGAGAGAGAGAGAGAGAGAGAGAGAGAGAGAGAGAGAGAGAGAGAGAGAGAGAGAGAGAGAGAGAGAAUCAUAAACGAAGGCGAACCGGGUAGGACAACCAGAACGAAAAGAAAAAAAAGAACGCAUGGGGGAGGAGAAGGAAACGAAGGGAUGAUUAAUCGCCUUGAUAGACUUGCACUUAGGGACGAAGGGUGCAGAGUGGCUACGAGAGGGCAACGCCGAGCCUCCUCUUCCUCCUCCAGCAGCAGCAGCAGCAGGCGUGGGUAGAAUUCCAGUUAUGUUACGUCAUCCACUUCGCCCACUCACAUUUAUGACAGACCGCCGUGAUGCAUCCUUUUUUUUUUUUUUUUUUCCUUCACUGCUGCCAGAGUCUUGUGUUCGGGGGCACUUCGGCGUCUCCUUGUCCUGUGAGAGGCUGGGACGUCAUCUGGACCAAGCUAUGAUGCGUGAAUUUAAGAAUGUGACGUGUAAUUCAGCAGUCCCGCCAAUCUCCGCGGUUCCUUCUUUCCAUUUUCACGCGAACAAAUUUUGUGAUGCGUUUUUAUUUUCUGAGCCACCAGCUGUGUCGUCUCCCGGGUUUGGGGGAAGGGAAGGGGGGUGAUGCGAGAGUGGCACGGAGGGAUAGGGAGGAGAGGUGAAGACAGUGAAGAACUAAUAUAUAUAUAACGUUGAAAUUAGUCUUUUUAUGGUUAGAGAUGAGGAGAAUGGAAAAGAUGAGGAUGAAAGGAGGAAGCAGAGGAGAAAUUUCAGACAGACGAACAGUGAAAAGAAGGACAUUUUGAGUGUAAGAAAUGGAACAGUACAAGGAGGAGGAGGAGGAGGAGGAAAUGUAUGAACCUGUAAUAGGGUACAAGGGAAAAAAUGGGAAAGAAAAAGGUGCAAAAAAAAGACGGGAGAGGGAAGUCCAGGAAAACACACACACACACACACACACACACACACACACACACUUAAACACUUUAUACACGAUUUACGUAGAAGGACGAUUACACAACUGACCUGGGAUGAACUCUGACCUUUAGUUGUGACUGACUGCUCUUCACUCCCUCCCCCUCCCCUCCUGUGUGUGUGUGUAUGUGUGUGUAAGAAUAAUGUAUCAUAAUCUUAUAAAGUAAACCUAUAUUAACUC